AUGGACUCAAACAAACAAGAAGGAGAGACUGAAAGUGUGCCUGUGAGUACCCCUGCAACACAGAUUUCCCAGUUGCAGGCAUUAGCCUCUGAGUUGAAGGCGGGUUUCACAGAAGCGAUGCAGGAGCUGUCACGGAUCCAGCAUGGCGAGUAUGCCCUGGAGGAGAAGGUCAAGAGCUGCCGCUGUGCCAUGGAAGAGAAAGUGGCUGAGAUGAAGAAUUCCCUCAACACGUUCAAGGAGGAGCUCAGUGAUGCAAAAUCAAUGAUUGAAGAAAUCAGUGCCAAGCAGGAGGAAAUGCAACAGAAAAUUGAGCAGCUGCAGCAAGAGAAGCGUCGGGAAUCACGGAAAAUGAAAGCUAAAAGAGCACAGAAGGAUGAUCACGGGUCACAGACGGUACCUACACCUCUCCAGGGCAGCCCAUUUCGAUCCAUUAACCUCCCAGAACCUGUGCUGAUCAAUGAAGAUUUUACAAGUCUUCUACACAAUGUGACUUAUGAAAAAGUGUCUGACACGAGGAUCAUGCCAAUGGGAGAAGGAAACGUGAAAGUUGUAGGAGGUCCAGGAGCACCCAUAGAGACAGAUGACAGCCUGAAGCCAUCUUUGACAACCGAGGGGCAGCCGAAAGUGCAUCUGCCAUCAACAGUGUGGAAGCAGCCCAAGGACACCAAGGACUGGGGAGAUGAAUACAUUUCAAAAGAGCAACCAGAGAGAGGGAAAGACAUGGGCCAAAGCAGAUACAGCUCAGCUGACAACAUUAUAUGUGAACCUUCUUUGGCUGCCAAAAGGCAGAACAUUGCUUUGGAGCUGUUGGAGUCAGAAAGGAAGUAUGUCAUCAACCUUUCCCUAAUUCUGAAGAUCAAGGCCACGUUGCAAGGGCCAGAUGUGAAAAGGAGCACCAAAGAGAGAAGUUUCUUCCCCAACUCUUUGCGGUACCUGGUCCAGCAGCAUGUCGACUUACUUCACGCUCUGCAGGAGCGAGUCCUGAGCUGGCCACGACAAGGAAUUCUAGGAGACAUCUUCCUGAAACUAACAAAUGAUGAGAAUAAUUUUCUGGACUACUAUGUUGCUUACCUGAGGGACCUGCCAGAAUGCAUCUCUCUGAUCCAUGUGGUGAUCCUGAAGGAGGUAGAAGAAGAAAUCAAGUCCGAUCUCUACAUUCUGUUCUUCCAUAUAGUCCAGCGAAUCCCUGAAUACCUUAUUCAUCUACAGAAUGUCCUGAAAUUCACGGACCAAGAGCAUCCUGACUAUUACCUGCUGCUGGUGUGUGUGCAGCGCCUCCGGGUUUUCAUCUCACACUAUAGUCUCCUCUUCCAAUGCAAUGAAGACCUCCUUAUACAGAAGAGGAAAAAGCUGAAGAACACGACGAUGGAUUUCUCCUCCCUCAGGUCAUCCCUGGUGAAGCUGUACAAAGGUCUCACCUCCCAGUGUACAAGCCAAGAGGUUUCUCCAACACCCAGUGCGACAUCUAUCCGGGACAGUGGGAUCCACUCGGAAGAGACAAUACAGUCAUUCCCACCAGCACCUUCCUCUGGCACCACAACCCCGCAUUUGAUGCCCCAGAUGAAGAAACCCCAACCAACCGUGAUGGAGAACAUCCAGGCUGUAAAGUCUCCUGACUGGGAAAUGGAAAGUAGAAAACACGAGAGGCCAGAGAACAUCCUUGCAUCUUCCCAGCUCACAGAGCAGGAACUCAAGGCUUUGACAGCCCCAUUACAAUCCAUCCCUGAAAUGGAGUAUGAAGCACCACCAGCUGAUGCAGUGGGAAACACUGACAGAGCCAUCAGGACCUCUGUGGAGCUGUUGCAGGAUGCGAGAAACUUUGCACCAAGCUAUGAAGAGUUUGACUACCCCGGGGAGGUUUUCACCCUGCCAGGCCCCUAUGAAGAUGAUACCUUCCAAAACAUCGCUCUCUUUGAGAAUUGCUCCCCGGCCUCUUCCGAGUCCAGCUUAGACAUUUGCUUCCUUAGGCCUGUUAACUUCACAUCAGAACCAGAGAGGACAGAUCAUGCCUUACAGCCAUUGCCUAAGAGCUGCACUCCUGUAAGCAGCAGUACUUACAAGCGUGAAAUGUUCCACAGCAAAGGCAAGCAGCUGAGCAGGUCUCUGAAGGAGCUGCCAAGGAGCGCUGAGGGUGUGAGCACCAGGCUCUACAGCACACGGAGCAGCAGUGGGAGCCGGCUGCAGCAGAAGCAGGAGAGGAAUGUCCAGCCUCACAUGAUCUCAGCCUCAUCUCGAAGCUCCCAAAGGAGCUACUUCCCCCCACAGAGAGGAGCGGGUGAAAAACAGAGCUUUUUGGAAGAGCUCCAUGCAGAAGACAACACCAGGUUCUGCCAGAAGGAUGACAAUGAGCAAACAUCCUUCAGCGACCACAACCCACGGCACGAGCCCAAGGGGGGUUUCCGGAGCUCCUUCCGCAAGCUCUUCAAAAAGAAAUAAGCAGCCCC